GCAGGCCGACCAGGGAACUGCACAGGGGCCGAGUUGAGCCGGGAGCACGGGGCCUACAGCUCUGGCCCGCGGGGCUGUGGCGGCGGUUCCACCGACUGCAGGCCGACCACCUGGGCGCGGAGACAGCGGGCUAUGGCGCGGGUGCUGAUCGUGGGCGCCGGGCUGACGGGAAGCUUGUGCGCGGCGCUGCUGAGGAGGGAGGCGUCCAGUCCUCUGCGCCUUACUGUGUGGGACAAGGCCGGGGAUUCAGGAGGAAGAAUGACUACAGCCAGCAGUCCUCAUAAUCCACAGAGCACAGUGGACUUGGGUGCCCAGUAUAUCACCUGCACUCCUCAUUAUGCCAAAAUACACCAAAGUUUUUAUGAUGAAUUGUUAGCUGGUGGCAUUUUGAAGCCUCUGAUCUCUCCUAUUGAUGGAAUGAUAAUAAAAGAAGGAGACUGUAACUUUGUAGCACCUCAUGGAGUUUCUUCAAUUAUUAACCAUUACUUGAAACAAUCAGGUGCUGAUAUCUGCUUCAGACAGUGUGUGACUCAGAUCAAUUUGAGAAACAACAAGUGGGAAGUCUCCAGGGAAACGGGCUCCUCUGAGCAGUUUGAUAUCGUUGUCCUCACGAUGCCUGCUCCUCAGAUUCUGCAGCUUCGAGGUGACAUCGCCAACUUAAUUAGUGAACGCCAAAGGCAGCAACUGGAAUCUGUGAGCUACUCCUCCCGCUAUGCUCUGGGUCUCUUUUAUGAAGCUGGCACGAAGAUUGAUGUCCCUUGGGCUGGGCGGUACAUCACCAGUAAUCCCUGCAUUCGCUUCAUCUCCAUUGAUAAUAAGAAACGCAAUAUAGAGUCAUCAGAAAUCGGACCUUCCCUUGUGAUUCACACCACUGUCCCAUUUGGAGUUACACAUUUGGAACACAGCAUUGAGGAUGUGCAGGAGUUAAUCUUCCAGCAGCUGGAAAACAUUUUGCCUGGUUUGCCUCAGCCAGUAGCUACCAGAUGCCAGAAAUGGAGACAUUCACAGGUUACAAAUGCUGCUGCCAACUCUCUUGGUCAAAUGACUGUUCAUCUCCAGCCUUUUCUUGUGUGUGGAGGGGAUGGAUUUACUCAGUCCAACUUUGAUGGCUGCAUCACUUCUGCCUUAUGUGUUCUGGAAGCUUUAAAGACUCAUAUUUAGUACUGCCUGUAUUCUUAUUUUUCACAUGUACUUUGGGGUUUUUGUUUUCACAAUUUUCUGUCAUUGAUUAUUUUGUUUUCUCUUUUGUUGAGAGAAAUUACUGGAAAAGUUGUUCUUUACUGAUUAUUAUUUUUCACAUGGAGUAUAAAAUCAAUUUUAUAAUUUCAGUACUUACAACUCCUACAAGAAUGAAAAAUCCCUUGUACUUUAUACUUUUCUCCACUUUUCUGAAUUGCCAUGUCUACCCACUCCUUGUUGGAGGCAAAAUAGUGCUUAAUAAAAAACAAAUAGCUCUCCCCCCAAAUUAUGUCAAAUCCAAGUAACAGUUCAUGUCCACAGACCUUUGUUGUCCUUUUGAAAAUUUCAGUUCCAAAUAAAGAAUAAUCUUUAUCAAGA